CAUUGUGUGGGGGACUGCAGCCACCCCGGGCGAGGAGAGUAGGGAUUAUGUGCUAGUAAAUGGUUAAAAAAAGGGGAGAAAAUGAGUGGAAAAGGAAAGAAACCGCCCAAGAAAAUCGUGGGUGUCACUCCUAAAGGAAUUCUCAAAACUGGGAAGAGAAGAUCUAAGAAACCCUUGAAAACGCGUCUGGCGAAUCUUCAUGAUGCUUGUCGCCGCCUUCCACAGAAAGAAGAAGAGGACUACCCGGAGCCUCUUCCCGACCCUUCACUCCGAGAUCCCUACCCCGGGGAUAACCCAGGGUACGGCGCUGCGGGGUCGCCAUAUUCCGACUCAGACCCUUAUCAGGACGACUCCGACGUUUACUUAUUUCCAGCGCAGGCGGGCAACGACGAAGGCCUUUCAGACAAGGAUUCGGUAUUUGAGGAACCGAACCCGGAUUCGUUAGACCCAGACCCGUUUGAAGGGUACGAACUUUUCGACAUGUCUGCAGGCAAGGGGCCAGCCCCCGGGCCGCCAACCAAAGUGAUUAAAGGUGGCGCUCAUAACCGCGACAGCACCAAGGAUCAGAAUAAAGGCGAUGAUCUGGCAACACUAGAAGUUCUGGAUGAAAGGGUUAUACUUGAAAAUUUACAUGUCAGAUACGUCAAUGGACAGUAUUAUACAUACAUUGGAGAUGUCUUGGUGGUUGUCAAUCCAUUUAAGACGCUGCACAUAUAUAAAGAGCAGGAUCAUGAGCUUUACACUAAUGCCGACAGUCGUGCCGAUCUCAAACCACACAUUUUCUGGACGGCAGACUCGACAUAUCAGCGCAUGCGCAAAGACAACAAGAACCAGGUGAUACUUGUGAGCGGAGAGUCAGGGAGCGGGAAAACUGAGAACUCCAAAUUUGUGAUCCAGCACGUGGCCUACCUGUGUUCUGGCAACUCGGAUAAAAAUAUUUCAAAUUUGCAUAAAAAGAUUGUCGAGGUAAACCCACUUCUUGAAGCUUUCGGUAAUGCCCGCACUGCAAUGAACAAUAAUUCCAGUCGAUUUGGAAAAUUUGUUGACAUGUAUUUCACGAAAUAUGGGAAACUCACUGGAGCACGCAUCAGCGACUUCCUGCUGGAGAAGUCCAGAAUAGUGCAGAAAAGUCCACAAGACAGAAAUUUUCAUAUAUUCUACUACUUAUUUGCUGGAAUGCCAAAAGAUAUGUUGGAGUACUACUCCUUAGAGAAACCAGAAAAAUACAGAAUCCUUCGAAACACGGACGGUACACCGAUAUUCGAGAGCCAACAACACAUGUCCGUGUGCAAAGAUAUGUUCGUUCAUCUCAAUGACAUCAUGAAGUUAGUUGGUUUCAUCGCGGAGGACAUCGCGACAAUCUUCACCUUGCUGUCCACAGUGUUGCACAUCUCCAAUAUUGAGUUCAUGGAUGAUGAGGACACGGACGGCGUUUACAUUGAAGAUGAGGCUCCUCUGGACAUAGCUGCUGAUCUGUUGGGUGUGAACGAGAGAGAACUAACGAAAGCUUUGAUUUCCAACAUUUCCCGCAUAUCAGGAGAGGAUGUCGUAAGUUUGAAGAACAAACAUCAGGCCAAUGACGGACGAGACGCUUUGGCCAAGGCGCUGUACGAGCGUCUGUUCGGGUGGAUUGUCGCACAGAUCAACCAUCAAUUACAGCCUGCCAAAGAACAAAGAAACGACAAAGGCCCCACCAUGGGUAUACUAGAUAUAUCUGGUUUUGAAAACUUUAAAACCAACAGUUUCGAACAACUCUGCAUCAACGUGGCGAACGAACAGCUACAGUUCCACUUCAACAACUACAUCUUUGUCCAAGAACAGAAAGACUACGAAGACGACGGCGUAGACUGGACUACUAUUGAAUUUAAGAACAACGAGAAUGUACUUAACCUCUUUAUGGAGAAAUACCGCGGCUUUUUCGACUUGCUGGACGAGGAGACAAAGUUCCCGCAGUCCACCGACCUGAGCCUGGUCCAGAAGCUGAACAGUAACCUGAAGGACAACAAGGCCUACGUCAGCGCUCCGGGCAGUGACACCGCCUUCGCCAUCACGCAUUACGCCGCAGAUGUGAUAUACAAUGCGAAACAAUUUAUGGAGAAAAACCGAGACCGACUUGGUGCCGUGUUGGUGAAAUGCCUUCAAGACAGCGAGAUCGAACUGAUCAGAGAGCUCUUUAGCGUGGAUCUCAACUCGCCAGAUGGCGUUUCACGGUCUUUGAGCACAAAGCACCUGGUGCGUUCCCCAAACAGCCCCAUACUGUCCCAGAAACGUCGCUCUGAGAACCUCUCCAAGAAAACUGCCCAGGAAAUCACGCACUACCAGUCGUUCAGAUCUAUCGUGGAGAAGGGAAAUCCCAAGUACGACACUCUACGAAAGACGCAGACGGUGGCCGCGCAGUUUAAGAUGUCUCUUGGAGAGCUGAUGAAGAAAGUUUCCGCUGCCAACCCGUGGUUCGUGAGAUGUAUCAAAUCCAACAACCAGCGCCAACCAGACAAGUUUCAGAGCGACAUGGUGAUCAACCAACUGCGCUAUAAUGGCCUGGUUGAGAUUGCCAGGAUUAGGAAAAACGGCUACCCAGUGCGAAUAAUCUUCGCGGAUUUCCUGGAAAAGUAUAAGGCCAUAGCUUUCGAGGGCAAGACCCCCGUGGAGCCACGCCCUCGCCACUGCAAGACCAUCCUGGACGCCGUGAGCACAGACGGCUAUAUACUGGGAAAGUCUAAGGUAUUCAUGAAAGACUGGCUUGUUGAGAAAUUGGACGAGUCACUGAAAAAGGUCAAGAUGACGAUCGAAGUACAGAAACACAUCAGAGGCUACCUGGCGCGCAAGGAGAAGGAACGUCUCAAGAAGGCGGAGGAUGCAAGAAAAGAAAAGGAACGACUAGAAAAAGAAAGACAAGAACGAGAAAGAAUGCAACGUGAGGAGGCCGCCAAAAAGCGCGCGGCGCCCACGCCGCCUGGUGAGAGGACGUCACGGCCCUCGUCAUCCCUCGAGAAACCCUCUCGCUCCUCUAGUGCUGAUAAAAUAUCCAGAGCUUCCAUUUCGGAUAAUAUUUCUGUCAAUUCAAAGAACUCCAAUGCAAAACUUCCUCGAAGUAACACGACGGGAAACCUCAACCACCCGUCGCGCAGUACAUCGCUGGAAGACAACAGACGACGCUCGACGACUCUUGAAAAGGGUUACUCGGCUGACAGCAUGAAGCGCGCCAUUUUGGACGGAGAGGUGAGGAGCAUCGGGUCCACGGCGACAGGGAAAAGUUUAGAUCGCAAAAGUCGCUCCCUUGAAAACGCUAACAAGAGAAGCUCGACUCUUGACAGUGGGCUCGGUGACACUCUCCCUAACCAGCCGUCUAAAGUCCGGCUAGAUCCUAAAUCUGAGAGGGGAGAAAUUGACAGUAUUUUUGAAGAAACAGCAACGUUUUACGAGGAUGAAGAUCUUAAUGAAGACCAGUGGGACGUGUUCCAAAGCAUUCCAAGAGAACGCCAGAGCGCCAGCGAGAACUUUGAGAUCGUAUUGAAGGUCAUCAAAGUGUUCAUGUACAUCUUUAUCUUCUUGGUGGUGCUGGGGACGGCCGUGGUCAGCAAGCUCACCAUUCUCUUGCUCACAUCGGGGACUUUAUUGACGACGAACCUUGGUGAUUCCCACAUGUGGGACGGCGGCAUUACAUACGACGAAUUAGAUGACCGGAACACAAGGAUAACGCUGCUGAUCGUCUGCGUGUGUAUACCAUAUAUCCUGUCAUUUGUCACGUUCAUCUUCAAAGCAAUGUUUGGAAGCCAACCUUGGCCAAAACCGAAAACACUUAUCGUGAUUCUCACCAUUGAGGCACUCCAUUCCUUCGGACUUUGCCUUCUUCUGUUCAGAGUUCUUCCUACAAUGGACAUGAUCCGUGGACUGAUGAUAAUGGCAGCAGUUUGCACAAUGCCUGGACUCCUUGGCCUGUGUUUUGGCAAGCCGACCAACAGACGGAAGGAUACCAGCAAAGUGCAGUCCAUCUGCAUGCGUGUGCUGAUGAUUAUAGCCCCGUUGCUGCAGCUCGCCGCAAUCGCUAUUAUCAUCCUGACCGGCUUCUCCUACCGCGAUCCUUCAGACAUCGGACUUGAACUACAUAAUAUUGUGAAUGGUAAUAAUAGUGAAACCAAUGUGUUCAGCCGCGACAAGCCAGAUGAAGACAAGUUCGCCUUCACGUAUUGUGGAUGGGAGGUGCCAGUUGCUCUUAUCUUGGUGUCUAUCUCCUGGUGGGAGAAUUUCGCCGACCGUGAUAGGAAGAUUGGCAGGCUGUCAAUCCCGUUGAGGAAAUUCCGCGCUUCUCUUCAUGGCGUGAGAGAAAAGUCUACCGUGAUCAUUUCCGUAUGGAAGUCCUGUUUGACCAUUGCCUUCGCCUACCUUCUCCUCGCCAUUAACAACGGCGGCUUUAAGCUGGAGGUUCACAUCAGGGACGAUGUCGUGUCUUUCUACAAGCCUUAUGCAGAGUGGGAGAUCGAACAAUUCCAGGAAGAAGACGGCCAGAGGGUCGUCCCCGGUGACACCGCCAACGUCACGGAUCAAACUGUCCUGACGGCCUAUUUCGCCGGUUCCUCGCGCCACGCCCUUGAGACGCUCGCCCCCUUCAUCGCUCAGGCCGUGGGAACGUUCAUUUGCUACUACUUUGCUCGUCUGGCCUGCAAGUUGUGCAUGCAGAGAGUCAGCUUUUCCGCUCCACUGAUGCUGUCCACGCCAGUCACCUUUGUGAUCCUGUACCUGCAGUGUAAACUGGAGUUCAUCUCCAACUACCUGACCGACGGCCUGUACACGUGGUCCUGCCCCGAGGCUGGAGGACAGAUGCUCUAUCUCCACUUUGGCUGCUUCUUCCUCUGGUGGGUGUCGGAGCUGAUGAUUGCCUGCCACAUCUGGUUCCCACAGUCCGAGCGUCUGGCCAAGUCGGAAAGGCUUUUCGUUUUACCAUUCUACUGUGGUGCUUUGAUAGAACAGUCCCUGAUGCUGAACAGACGUCGGCGAGAUAAGGACAUGAUCUCGGUUGGUGACGGCCAUUUUGAGUAUAUCGAAACCGGAACAACCAUGGAUGGAACUUCAACUUUGACCUCUCGUGGUACGAGCACCGAGGACUUGGAAGACAAGUACAAGAUCACCGAUGACGGCGUCGUUCCUAAGAUCUACGCAUGCGCGACAAUGUGGCACGAAACCCGAAAUGAGAUGACGCAGUUGCUGAAAUCCGUUUUUAGAAUGGACUUUGACCAGUGUGCCCGUAAGAAUGCCCAGGAAUAUUUCGGAGUGAGAGACCCUGACUUCUACGAGUUUGAGACUCACAUUCUGUUCGACGACUCCAUGGAAAUGAACGACAAUGAUGACACUGUGCCCAACGACUUCGUGCGCGCAUUUAUUGAGGUCAUUGACCAAGCUGCCAGCUCUGUGCACGAGUCCGUGAUCAGUCUCCACCCUCCAGAGAAGAUGCCAACACCGUACGGCGGUAAACUGGUCUGGUCGCUGCCUGGAGGAACCAAGCUGAACGUCCACAUGAAGGAUAAGAACAGAAUCAGGCACAGGAAGAGAUGGUCUCAGGUGAUGUACAUGUACUACCUGUUGGGUUUCAACCUGAUGGCCAAGCGUGAGCAGUACUUGACCAGCCAGAAGGGAAAGAACAAGAAGAAGGGGAAACGCGGCACGUGGGAGAGUAAAGCUUUGAGACGCUCUCACAAGAACCAGCACUACACGAAGACGGACAUCUUUGACGACUACGACGAAUCUCUUCACAUUGCUGCCGAGAACACGUUCUUGCUGACCCUGGACGGAGACGUGGACUUCAAAUCGGACGCUGUCCGCUUACUGAUGGACAGACUGAAGAAGAACAAGAAGGUCGGAGCGGCUUGCGGACGUAUUCAUCCUGUCGGACAAGGCCCCAUAGUGUGGUUCCAGCAGUUCGAGUAUGCCAUUGGUCAUUGGCUUCAGAAGGCUGCAGAACACAUCUACGGCUGCGUCCUCUGUGCUCCCGGAUGUUUCAGUCUGUUCCGUGGUUCCGCCAUCAUGGACGACAAUGUGAUGAGACAGUACGCCACGCGGGCCUCGGAGGCUCAGCAUUUCGUGCAGUUUGAUCAGGGUGAAGAUCGUUGGCUGUGUACGUUACUCCUACAGCAAGGAUACCGUAUCGAGUAUUGUGCCGCCGCCGACGCCUUAACCCAUUGCCCUGAAACCUUCAACGAGUUCUUCCAGCAGAGAAAACGGUGGGCUCCCUCAACAAUGGCCAACAUUGUGGAUCUGCUGCAGGAUUACAAGAACACCGUCAUCGUCAACGAUAACAUCAGCCACCUGUACAUGUUGUACCAGUUCUUCUUGCUGGUGUCCACUGUCCUUGGUCCGGCCACUGUUAUGAUGACCAUCGCUGGUGCCUUCAACGCUGUACUCAAGACGAACCUGUGGCAGUCCUAUGCUCUUUCUCUUGGCCCGCCGUUCUUCUUUAUCCUAAUUUGCCUGUUCACGCGCACCAAGACCCAGCUAGCGGUAGCCAGUAUCCUUAGUGCGUUGUAUAGUGUCAUCAUGAUGGUUGUCAUUGUCGGUACCAUAAUUAACGGUGUACAGGAGUCGUUCACGUCGCCCAGCGUAGUUUUCAUAACACUGUUGGCGGCGUUCUUCUUGCUCGCAGCGUUCUUCCAUCCGCAGGAGUUUGCGUGCAUCAUCCCGGGUCCCCUGUACUUCCUGUGUAUUCCGGCCGGCUACCUCGUGCUCACGAUUUACGGCCUGUGCAACCUGAACAACAUCUCGUGGGGAACACGUGAGGUGCUAAGUAAGCGUCGCCAGAAAAUCGCGGACGAAGAACGGAAGAAGAGAGAAGAGGAAGAGAAGCAGAAGAAGAAAAAGAACUCGGGUCUUUUCGCCUGGCUGGGACUGACUCAGAUCAUGGAGGACGUCAAAGACUUCUAUCUGCAGAUGAUAGGAAGCACAAGGCAAAGCGGUCAACCAGCCCAGCAGACCCAGAUGGAAAAACUUCUCAUAAAACUUAACCAGACACUGGAGAAGCUCCCGGAGAGAAUGCGCAAAGAACAGGACCGUAAAGCUGGGCUGCCGACUUUUGACAGCGACAC